CUUCAUUGUAAAGAAGUUUAUUUUUCAUUAAAAUUAGCGUUGGGUUGUUACCUUACUUGACGGAUCAUUACAAAAUUCUGUUUUGUGUUUCCUAAGGGACUUAUCAAUUGAAAAGUGCUUCUUUCAAUUGUGACGUUCAUAGCUAUCGUUGUUCUUUCACUAUAGAUUAUUGGUCUUGAUUCUUUCAUAGUCAAGGUUCUUGAUUAUAUGCCCGUAUGUUCUCUAAGAAGUGUCUGCUCUUACUAUUAUUAGACACGAACAACUCUUUUAACUUUGGAGGUGAUUCCUUCAGUAAGGGAAGAUCGACGUUUCCUUUUCUGCAACAUACUAAAAAUUUGGGAACUUCUGGUCUCCUUCUUUUUUCUGUCCUCUCGACAUACCACAUAUUAGCCCAGUAGAAUUGACAUAUAUAUUGUGGAUCUCCCAAAUCAUCAUAAUCUACAUGCAUAUGAUUUUGUUUAAUAACUUUUGUGUAAUGUACGACAUAUUUUUACACUUUCAUAUUUUAAAAACAGUACCUGUGUUUAUUGGGUUAACUUCAAUUUGCCUGACUCUUUAUUUACCUGGACGCAACACAUUUUUUUGCAGUUUUAAGCCACUUUGUUGCUGUGUGUGUUUCAUACCUGAAGGUAUCACCUCCAAUCCUGCAGCAUAAUGAGACGACAAUAUACAAUAUUGGCAAAUGCAUAGGGUUCCUUCAAGUAUUGAAGCAGCCAUGGCUUCCUGGUUUCCCUAUACAAUUACGAAAAGAAAGCCGCCACCGGCCAAGGAAAAAGCAGCAGCAGUAGCAAAGCCGCAAGAAGCACCACCAUCACCGCCGCCGCCGGGACCAUGCAGCAAAGAGAACCCCUGCAUGGCUGCAUACAUCAUGGAGAACCUGCGCAACUAUCCAGGAGAGAUUAACAUUCAGAUUGGCCGAAAUCGUCGUCAGGCGGCGUAUGGUGGUGGUGGUGGUGGGGGUUCAUCCAUCCACCCGUUUGGUGGUGGCGCCGGCGGUUCAUCCAUUCCUCCCGGCCGACUUCCGCCUUAUCAACAACAAAUGCAGCUGGAUUAUGGUUACGAUGAUUAUGAUGAUGAUCAUGAUUAUGGCCGCCUUCAAAGAUCAUUAGCCCAUCCUCUUCCUCAGCGUUAUAAUAACCACCAAAUGCAGCAGUUUCAAUGUCCUGGCUCUGGUGGUUAUGAUCCAUAUAAUGAUGAUGAUGAUUAUGGCUCUCAUCGGCCGUUUGCGAUGCGGCCGCGGCCCUAUAAUAACCGGAUGCCGUUACAACACGCUUGCUCAGCUGGUUAUGAUUAUGAUGAUUAUUGUUAUGGUUAUGGCCAUCAAAGACCAUUCGCCCCGCUGUUUGAUCAAGCCAGGGAUUUCUAUGGACGUUCUGGUGGCUAUUAUUGAGG